GGGGGGGGGGGCUGCGCGCCGAGACCCCCCGCGUUAAAGGAGCCCGGCGAGCGGCGGCGAGCGGCAGCCCAGGCGCGGCGGUGGACCUCCGGGAGCUUUCUGGCUGCAGACACCUGAGCAACGCGACACCAUGACUCUGGCUGCUUACAAGGAGAAGAUGAAGGAGCUGCCUCUCGUCUCCCUGUUUUGCUCCUGCUUCCUCUCGGACCCCUUGAACAAGCCAGCAUACACUUACGAAGACACAGUAGAUCUCACCUGGUGCGUCAUCUCCGACAUGGAAGUCAUCGAGCUCAACAAGCGCACUUCAGGGCAGUCUUUUGAGGUGAUCCUGAAGCCCCCCUCCUUUGACGGCAUCCCCGAGUUCAAUGCCUCCCUGCCGCGGCGGCGUGAUCCUUCCCUGGAGGAGAUCCAGAAGAAGCUGGAGGCAGCCGAGGAGCGAAGGAAAUACCAAGAGGCCGAGCUCCUGAAGCACCUGGCGGAGAAGCGGGAGCACGAGCGAGAAGUCAUCCAGAAGGCCAUUGAGGAGAACAAUAACUUCAUCAAAAUGGCCAAAGAGAAGCUAGCACAGAAGAUGGAGUCCAACAAAGAGAACCGUGAGGCCCAUUUAGCAGCCAUGUUGGAGCGCUUGCAGGAGAAGCAGGUCUGUUCCCAACCUCAGCAUGGAAGGUCCCACUCUCACCACCUCCAGCUCCCUCCAAAACAUCCCUUCUGCAAGGAGCUCGCUCAGUGCCCUUCUCCAAACGCCUCAGCUAGCCUUGGGUCAGAGACAGAGAGCACAAGAUAAUGAAGGACAAUCCGAGCCAACCCCAUCUCCUUGGGGCUCCCAUCUUGUCUGGUUGACGUCUACCUCCUAGCUAGAGGGCAAGGACAAUCUGUCUGUCUGUCCCUGAGUGCCUCCACAGUCCUUAAAACACCCCGGGGGAGGAGAGGAUGCUGUUGACCCAUCGGUGUCCCUCCCGGGACGAACCUGGCCUGGUGAACGCUCUUGUUCCUGCGAACCCCUCCGAAGCUGCUCACCCACCAGCAGGGCCCAAAGCCCGGCAACCUAACCCGUCUCCCUCCCCCCCUUCUCCCUUCCACCUCCCCACAGGACAAACAUGCGGAAGAAGUGAGGAAAAACAAGGAGCUAAAAGAAGAGGCUUCCAGGUAAAGAGCCCCAGGUGACGGUGGAUUGGACUGACAGCUCCGGAGAGGUUGUAGAGGCUGCCUCAGUGCAAGGUUGACCAGUGGAAGGGGAUGUUCCUCUGCUUUCUUUGUUUGUGAAUGUAAAGAAUUGACCAGUGAAGCCAUCCUAUUCGUUUGGGGAGGGUGGGGAGGGAGGCGUUGCGGGAGGAGCAAGGAGGGGGGUGGGUGGGUGCGUGCCUCUUUGGGGCGCCAGCUUCGGGACGUCCAUCUGGAAACCUCUCCGAGGUCUCAUGCGUACUUAACUCGCGCGCCAUCCGCGUCCGACAGAGAGAUGGGAACGCGCCCACCAAGGGCCAGCGAAGCGGAGGAGGUGGCCAAGGGGGGGCCAGGGAAGGAGCGGGUGGGGAGGGAAGGGGGAAAAUGUGCAUCAUGUGUGACUUUAAUUUGGUGGUCCGUGUUGGGCAGAUGGGGCAGUGCUCUCUGCAACCAUGGGGCGAGCGUGCGUGCGUGCAUGCGUGUGUCCCUCGAGCUUUGUUUCUUUCUCCUCUUCCUUCCCACCCCAGUGGAUGUCUGGCCAUCGAUGUGUGGCAGCAUCUCUUGGUGUCCCUCCCUCAUUUUCUCCUGCCUCUUGCUCCAGGCCUCUUGCCCAGAGCAGGCAUUAGUUGCUCAUAGACUUUGCAGCACAAUUUUGGGAAAGAGAUUGGGAAUAAGGUUGUCAGAGAGUGAGAAUUACUUGCUCCAAAGGCUUUAUCCAGUUGUAGAAGAUGCUGAGGGUCCUUUUGAAAGAGUGAAGUCAAAAAGCCCCAUGAUUUCCCAAAGAGCUGCUUUUUGUAAGAAACCUCCUGAGACAUCUUCCCAGGAACUCUUGGAUGAAAUCCCUUUUUUUACUCUAGAGCAGCUGAAAAGCCUUCUGCCUUCAGAGGCUCAGAUGAUUAACUGAAGAGAGAAAUUACCCCCAUGGGGAGCUAGAGCAGAAGGAAAAAUAGAGUAGGGCUAUGGCAACUGUGAUGAAAGGAGUCGGGAAAAGCAAAAGGAAGGGAGCAGCUGAGAGAGCCCAGACUAGAGAGCCAGGAGGUGGGGUGGAGACACCUCUCUGGAGAAGAUAAUGUGUGAGACAGUGUGAGAAGGCAAUGUCUAUAGCAAAGGCAGGACUGGGAGCGAAGGAGAGGUGAGCCUGAGAGUCCCUGGGGAUGGCAGUGGCACCUCCUGAUGACUCCAAGCCAAGAGCAAGGCCAGCCUGGGACACCACCAAAUCCUAGCCCCGAGUUGUGAAUGUCCCAGGAGGUUUUUGUGGGUCCUGCUGAGCAGACAGUGUGAUCCCAGGGUGAUCUUUGUGUCCAGGCCAAGGGUGAGCAAAGCAGAGAGGUUGCUGUGAGAUGCCUCCAAACCAGGGGAGGUGGAAAAUCUGCUUUCUGCUGGGGCGGUGGGGGGACAGAAUCUCCACUCCCAGUUAAUAGCAAGCAGUGGUCCCAGUACUGCCAGGCUCUGGCACAUCAUCAGUCUCUAAUUCUGGUGUUAACUGAGGUCUCAGUCUCCCCUACUGCCAGAUAAGGCUUUUAAAGCACUGAUUUAGCAUGGGCAGGUCUGGAAAAAAGACCAUUUCUUGUUCAUUGUGCUGCAAAACACUCACCCAGUCCUGGAAGUCCAAGGGGAAGAGCAGCCCCCAGGGCAGGAAGGGCUGCCGGGAAGGGGAGCACAGAAGACGGUGAUGGGCAAAGAACGAGGGGGCUGUUCUAGUUGUGGCACGAGCUGUCCUUUUUUUGUACACAACAGUUGUAAAUAAACUGCCUUGGCAUUUCUUUUGUUUUCUCAUGA